ACACAGCAGGCCGGGCGGCAUCAGAGGAGCAGGAAAGUUGACGUUUCGGGUCAGGACCCUUCUCCAGAAACGUCAACUCCCCUGCUCCCACCCCGAUGCUUCCCGGCCUUUCCUCCAGCUGCGUCGUCUCCAACUCCGGCAUUGGCAGUUCUUACGAUCUCUGUUUGUUUAUUUAUUUUUUCCCUCUGGGCUCUGCUCGGAAGCGUUCACUCCGCUUGGCGGCCAUUUUCACCAGUUACCCCCCCCACCCCCUCACCUUCUUGUCUCUGGUCUCCCGCCUUUCUCUCUCUCUCUCUCUCUCUCUAGAAGUGGAGGAUUCCUAUUCGGAAGUGCCCUCUGACUACUUUGCGACGGAUCUGGAGUACGAGGACCGCACGGGGGAUUCGGCGCUGGCGCAGGGCACCACGGAGGGAUUGGGGGCGACCGAGUCGGAGGCUCCCGGGGAGGUCGAAGGCGACGUCUCUCCCUUCGGGCCCAGUGUCGCGCCGCUGGGCAACCCGGGCACCCCGGUUCCGACGCCUCACGCUGCCCUGGCGGUGCCCAACCUCGGCACCGUCCUGCGACCGCCAGCCACCUCCCCCCCGGCCCGGGACCAGUGGGUAACCGCACCCCGGCACCCCCCGGAGAUGGUGAACCGGGCCCCCCCCACCGGCAGCGGCAAGGACCAGGACCCGUUCCGUGCCCCGGGAGACGGGCAGACGGGGGGCGGCGAAGAAGGCUCCGAUGACCGGGAGCCCCCAUCGAGCCAGUGGGGCUCGGCCACGGCUGCGCCAGGAGCCACCGCUCGGGAGAAAGGGGGCGGGGAAGAGGAAGGGAUGCACACGCUGAACGUCCUGCGGCCAACAGGCAAGACCCUGGAGACGAGAGGAUGUGGCCGAGGGCAAGAUGGAAUUCGGGUCAGCGAAGGCCCAGGAGGUCACCAGGGCCCUGCCGGCGAGCCCCAAGGCCCUGAACCUCCUUCCUCCAUCUCUGAGGCCUAUCGCCGGCAGCCCCACCACCGCCAACGCCAUCGAGGGGAGGCCGGAAGCCGGGACAAGGCCCAGGCCCAGGAGCCGAGCUCACAGCCCUCGGCCCUUGGGGGCGAACGUGACAGAGGCCCCCCGAGCGCCCACCCAGAGCCGGCGCUGCACCCUCCGUCUCAGGCCGCCAGCCCUGGGCAAGGGCGGCCAGAAGAUUCUGGAAGGUCGCCCGCUACCGGACUCUGGCCCAGUGGAGUGACCCAUGGAGGGAAGGAAAGUGCCGAAAACUUGCCGGCUCCAGGACUUUUGGAAAGCUCUAGAAGUUUGCAAGAGGCCGGACUCUGGCCUGGAAUGACCCGCCAAGGGAUGGAAGGUUCCAGAAACCCGCCGACACCCGGCCUCGUGGAAAGUUCUAGAAACUCGCAGGAGGCCGGACUCUGGCCUGGAAUGACCCGUGCAACAAAGGAAGGUUCUGGAAUCCCGCUGACCCUGGGCCUCGUAGAAGGUUCCGGAAACUCCCCGUUCCUGGGGCUCCGGCCCAGCGGAGGGAUGGAAGGUUUCGGAAGGUCGCCGGCCGUUCCGGUCCGCCCAUCGGACGGCCCGAGCAGAGCGAGCGAGGGAGCGGAAUGUUCCGGAAGCUGGCCGGCACCCGGCCUUCCGGAAGGUUCCGGUAGCUCGUCGGCUGCCCCAGGGCCCCCGGGGGAGCAGGGAGAAGGUUCCAGAAGGAACGGGAGCAGCCGUGUGUCUCCGUCUGGACAGGUUUCUGGCUGCAGGGAUACGGGGAAUCCGCAGUUGCUCCCGUUUCCAGUCUCUCAGGCUCCAGGCCUAACCGUGGGCCUAGGCUCAGCCCCCCGGGCCUGGGAUCCUCUCAGCUCCUCUCGGCCUGGCCGUGGUCCCAGGAUCCGAGCUGACGGAGACCACAGCCAGCAGGACCCUCCUCCUCCAUUUGGGGUUCCCUCGGAGGAAGGGAGUGCGCUGGAGCCGGUAGCUCCCACCAAUGAUGGACCAACUGAGAAGUCGGCUUUCGGGAAGGCGACACCUCUGAGGGGGAACCAAGGCCGGGGGACCCUCCUCAUCUUCAUCGGAGCGCUCUCUGUCCACAUAUCGAGGCACUAAACCUCCACUACCUUCCCUUUCUCCCUCACACGUCCUCCCUGUCCCUCCCCUUCCCCAUU